AUAAUUCGCUCAAAACCGUGGGCAUAAUCACGUGACCGGAAGUGACGCUUUACCGCCAAAGUUGAAGUGUUGGUCCUUCAGAAUAUAAACACCCCUGAAAAUAAAAAGGAACUUUUUAAACAUUUAUUACUUUGUAAUAUGUCGAGUACCGAGUUAGCUACUGUGAUAUAAAUAUAAAUAUUCAGACGUCUAUGUUCUAAACGCGGAUCUCCUGGUGGAAAGAAGAGGAAGGAUGAAUGGUCGUGGAACAGGGAGAGGUGAAGGAGGUUCCUGGAGAGGUUCCUGCAGAGGUGAAGGAGGUUCCUGCAGAGGUUCCUGGAAAGGUUCCUGGAAAGGUAAUGGAGGUUCCUGGAGAGGUGGCAAAGGUGCAGAGUCUGGUGGAGGUGGUGGUGGAAGUAACGGCUGGAGAGGAAGAUGGAAUGGAGGAAAAAACAGAGGCUGGAGAGGUCCUAGAUGGGGAAGAAGAGGGGGUGGUUAUUCGCCUAACAACACACAACAUGGUGCAGAGAUUUCUUCCCCGGUUCCUCGUGCAACACAAGCAACACUUGACAUAAUUUGUCCUUACAAAGGAUGGAGGCUUUACUUUACAGAAGGUUUUAUUGAAUCUUCACCUUUUGUUGAGAAGAUAAAGGCAUUUGAAAAAUACUUCACUUCACAAAUAGAUCUUUAUGACAAGGAUGAAAUUGAAAGAAAAGGCAGCAUCUUAGUGGACUACAAAGACUGGCUUGGGAACAAACAGAUCUCCACAGCACUACCUGAUCUUGCUUGUGAGAUUAAAGACAUGCCUGAAAAGAUACUUGACUGCUUGGGUCUAGCUAUUCAUCAGGUGUUGACAAAGGAUCUGGAAAAACAUGCUGAUGAGCUACAAGCCCAGGAAGGGCUUCCUGAAGGCUCAACCCCUAUUAUUAACAUACCACACAUAAGUGCUAGGAUUUAUAACUAUGAGCCUCUCACGCCUUUGAAGAUGCUCAGAGCUAAUUUAUACGGCAAGUUUGUGGCCAUUAGAGGGACUGUGGUGAGAGUAAGCAACAUCAAACCUCUUUGCAGCAAGAUGGCUUUUGUGUGUAACAUGUGUGGAGACACUCAGAGUCUGGCUCUGACUGAUGGGAAAUACACUAUACCCACUAAGUGUUUACAAAGAGAAUGCCGUGGACGAUCUUUUACCCCAAACAGAAGUUCACCACUAACGCAGACAGUCGACUGGCAGACCAUAAAGGUUCAGGAGCUGAUAUCGGGUGACCAGCGUGAAUCAGGACGUAUUCCACGGACCAUCGAGUGUGAACUCACUCAAGAUUUGGUGGACAGCUGUGUACCAGGAGACACGGUGACCAUCACAGGAGUUAUUAAAGUCUCCAAUGAAGAAGGGUUUGGAAGAAAUAAAAAGGACAAGUGCAUGUUCCUUUUAUACAUCGAAGCAAACUCUCUCAGUAACUCAAAAGGGCAAAAAAACAAGUCAGCAUCUGAACCUGAAGGCCAGGAGACAUCGGUAGAGUUUACGCUCAAAGAUCUGUAUGCCAUCCAGGAGAUUCAGGCACAAGAGGAACUUUUUAAGUUAAUUGUCAAUUCUCUCUGUCCAGCCAUCUAUGGGCAUUUGCUUGUUAAGGCAGGAUUAGUCCUGGCUUUAUUUGGAGGCUGUCAUAAAUAUGUGGAUGAUAAGAACCGAAUCCCUAUAAGAGGAGACCCACACAUGCUUGUCGUAGGAGAUCCUGGACUUGGCAAGAGUCAAAUGUUACAGGCAGUAUGUAACGUUGCUCCACGUGGUAUCUAUGUUUGUGGAAACACCACCACCACCUCAGGUCUGACUGUCUCUUUGUCCAGGGACAGUGGCUCUGGAGACUAUGCACUAGAAGCUGGAGCUUUAGUGUUAGGAGAUCAAGGUGUAUGUUGUAUUGAUGAAUUCGAUAAGAUGGGGAAUCAGCACCAGGCCUUGCUGGAAGCUAUGGAGCAACAAAGUAUAAGUUUGGCCAAAGCUGGAAUCGUCUGUACGCUUCCAGCUCGCACAUCCAUCAUUGCUGCAGCUAACCCAGUGGGAGGACACUACAAUAAGGCUAAGACAGUAUCUGAAAACUUGAAAAUGGGCAGUGCUCUACUAUCUAGAUUUGAUCUGGUCUUUAUUCUUCUGGAUACUCCCAAUGAGGACCAUGAUCACAUGCUGUCAGAACAUGUCAUGGCAAUGCGUGCGGGGAAGAGAGGCGCGAUUAGCGGUUUGACAGCCACCAGGGCUUGCACACAGGAGUCCAACAUAUCCAUUCUGGAGAUUCCUUCAAACAAACCUCUCUCAGACAGACUGAAGGUUCUUGUUGGAGAGACUUUUGACCCAAUUCCUCACCAGCUACUGCGUAAAUAUAUAGGCUACGCCCGGCACUAUGUGCACCCCAGUCUUUCACCCGAAGCUGCUCAGGUCUUACAGGACUUCUACCUGGAAUUGCGAAAGCAGAACCAAUCAGCUGACAGCACCCCAAUCACAACUCGCCAGCUGGAGUCUCUCAUUCGCCUCACUGAGGCAAGGGCGCGUCUUGAGCUUCGAGAAAAAGCUACUCAAAGUGAUGCCGAGGAUGUUGUGGAGAUCAUGAAACAUAGUUUGACAGAUACUUACUCGGACGAGUUUGGCCGGCUGGAUUUUGACCGAUCUCAGCUUGGGUCCGGGAUGAGCAACAGAUCAAAAGUCAAAAAGUUUGUUGCAGCUUUGAACCAAAUCGCUGAGCGGACCCACAAGACCUUGUUUGAAAUUCAGGACCUGCGACAGCUAGCUAAAGACCUCCAAGUUCAUGUUGUUGAUUUUGAAGGCUUUAUCAGCGCACUCAAUGAACAAGGCUACCUGCUAAAAAAAGGACACAGAACAUAUCAGCUUCAAACCAUCUGAAUGCAAAUGUUAUAGAUACAUUUAUAAAAAUGUUUAAUGAAUUUUAUAAUUUAUUGUAUUGUAUAUUCUUUUAUAAAUUACUUAUGGAUAUACA